AUGGCUAUGCCUUCAUUGAACCCCAUUGCUCAAAUUAUGCCGGGAAACAAAAUGAAUACAUCUGAACAUCCUCUGAAGGCCGUGACGUCAUUGCGUAGGGUGGAGCUUAGAGUAUAUAAAGUGAAGGCGUUCUCCGUUCUCCAUCAGUUAGAAGCUCAUCCUCAACAUGUCUCCCAAGGCCCCAGCUAUGGCUAUGCAGCCCCUACACCUGCUCCUGCACCUGCCAAGUACGACUUCAACUACGCUGUCAAGGACGAGUACUCCGGUAACGACUUUGGCCACCAGGAGGCCCGCGACGGUUAUGACACCCAGGGUUCCUACUACGUUCAGCUUCCCGACGGUCGUCUGCAGAAGGUCACCUACACUGUCAACGGCGACUCUGGCUUCGUGGCCGAGGUCAGCUACGAGGGCGAGGCGCAGUAUCCUGCCGAACAGCCUGCUUACAAGCCCGCCCCCUCAUAUGCUUAGAUCGCAAAUCAAGUUCGGCUGUGAUAAUAUUUAUUAAGGAAAUCCUUUACAUUGUAUAUUUGUAAAUAAAUCAUGAAAAUGA